AUCACCACAACUGCCUGAGGAUGCCGGGAUUGAAGGUCUGUUACUGCCGCGACCACAGUCUCCAGCGCUGUUUCCACAUGCGCUCCUGGUGGGAUGUAAACACAGACAGCCAGGACCUGCGUAAACUCCCGAGCAAUCUUUGCCAUUUACUGUACAGGUGUAAGAAAUUCAUGAUGGAAAGUUUAACAUUUCAAAAAAGCAAUUUAGCUGCAGAGACCACAGAAGUGUAUAUGAACUCAUCGUUUCCUCCUCCAGCUAAUAAUAAUAGACCUGUCUAUUGGCCUUAUACAUUCAUUAGCCUCAGCAUAAUUGUGCAGGUUGGGUCUCUACCGCUCAACAUAUAUGUUUUGUGGUUAAUAGUAAAAAAUCAAAGGAAUGGAACAGCAUCAGAAUUCUUUUCUAUCAACCUUUGUGUAUGUGAGAUCAUCAUUUGUGUCAAUGUGGUGUUUGCAUUGUUUAGUAAUGUAAUCUUUAUAAAUUAUCCUAAUGGCAUUUUAUAUAUCUUCAUCGUGAUUUUAUCCUUCUAUCAUAGUAUCAGCCGUCCCUUGUUUCAGUGCUGUGUCUGUGUGGAGCGAUAUGUGGCAGUGAUCCAUCCUGUUAUUUUCUUAAAAUACAAACCACUGAGAUAUCGCAUUACAUGUGCUUAAAGCUUUGAGAAAACCUGGACCUGGUGAGAAAUUAAGUGCAAAAGAUGCCGAAUCUAACCACAUUAAAAAGAAAGCUUUUUGGGUGA